GAUGGAGCCCCAGGCUGCUGCCCAGCUCGAAAGACAACAUGUGCAUGAAGUCUAUGAAAACACAGCAGCCUAUUUCAGCGACCUGCAAGGCAAAGCCUGGCCCCGCGUGUGCCAGUUCCUGCUAGAGCAGAAACCGGGCAGCCUUGUUGCAGACAUAGGUUGUGGGACUGGGAAGUACCUCCGGGUCAAUAGCCAGGUGUACAAGCUGGGCUGUGACUACUGCGGGCCUCUGGUGGACAUCGCUCACAGCCGGGGCUGUGAGGUCCUGGUGUGUGACAACCUGCGCCUGCCCUUCCGAGACCACAGCUUCGACGCGGUCAUCUCCAUCGGUGGUGAGGAGGGGAGGGGGACGGGGCCUCCUUCCUCCUACUGGAUCCCGAACCCCCAGGAGGUCAGUUAGCUGACUUAGUAUCCCUGACCCAGAGACGAGGCCUUCCUGCCUGAUGUCCUGGGAAAAAUAAAAAUUGAA